AUGGGCCGAGAGAAGAGGAUGAGUAGGAAGGAGAAGGAGGAGGAGGAGGAAGAGGAGGAGGAGGAGAAGGAGGAGGAGGAGGAGGAGGAAGAGGAGGACGUCCGAGGCGACGUGGUCGGCUGCAUCCAGUCGCUUGUGUGGCUGCCUUCGACAGACAGAAAGGUGGGCGGUAGAGCAGAGACUGCCACUGGCUGCCGUGACGACAAAACG